AUGGAGCUUGAGGCCAUGAGUAGGUUUACUAGCCUGGUGAACCCUCCUGUAUUCCCACACCUGAUUGUGAUGCUUCUAGCCAUUGGCAUGAUCUUUACCACCUGGUUCUUCAUUAAUGAGGUCACCUCCACCAAGUACAUAUGCAAUAUCUACAAAGAGCUCCUCAACUCCUUGGUGGCCUCACCCUUCAUGGACUUUGCAGUCCUGUUCCUCCUGCUCUGGGUCGGUAUCUAUGUAGGAGUCCCCAAGGGUACCCAUCAAGAAGCUCACAAAGUCCCUGCUUUUGAAAAUUAA